CUUCUGCGAAGGAGAGACAGAGAAGGGAAACUCUAGCAGCUUUUACUAUUAUAGUUUUUCUUCUUAUAUUUCUUGUCUGAAACAGCGAAGUUUGUAACAUUUUAAAUUAAUUAUUAUUCACUUAUAAAAAAAAUCUACUUACCAUUUAUUGUAGUGAUUGUGAUUUAUCAACCUUACUAUUGAUAUUUCUAAUUAAAGGUACACUUGGUUCAAUGUGAAACCCUUCUAUUAAUGUGCAAAAUCGCCAGUUUAACAAUUGGAUAACUUUCAUCUCUCAUUUUCCCUCCAUUAACAAGCAACAGAAGCAGUUACAGUGUAAGUGUCUGGCAGCCAGAAGAAGCAAAAAACUGCCUACCUAAAGAUAUUUUACCUUAAAAUCUUCAGGUUUCACUCAUUUUCCUUUUUUUCAACUCUUUUGCCUAGUUGGCGGUAAAUUGAUGGUUAUAUUUAUUGAUAUUAAAAUCAUCCUGUUGCUGCAACCUUUUCCAUUAAUUUUGGAUAACCAAGGAGUAAACAUUUGAACCUUUUUUUGUGGAUCCACAUUUGACUCAACAUUGAUUAUUAGAGAUCUUUGAAUGUAGCCUUCGUGUUGUGUCCUCAUCACUCCCAGGGUCAAUUACCUUGGCAAUUUGUUUUGUUUUAAAGUCUAACAAAGAAUUGGUUCAACAUUGGACCUGAUUUUAUCGACUGGAAAAGAUUGGAUUUUUUUGUACAAAAAAAUCAUUUGAUUGGUUGCAAUUGUUCCUGCUAAUUAGGCAAUUUACAAAAUAUCUUCACCAUGUCUGCCAGAUUUUUUAAAAUUGUUUUGCUUAUUGAUAAUCUUUUGCUGAUUUUCUUAACCAUUUUGGGUAUUGCAUUGAGCAUUCUGUUCAUUGGACCCCAGUUGAUCACUGAUUUCAGCGUAGCACUGGGCGUGCUAAGCUUUUCUUAUGUGGCCACUGGAUUUUUCUUCGUUUUGGCAAGUUUCUGUUUCAUUGGUAUUGUUUACAGUCAUCUUGUCUGUCUCCAUUUCACUGCUGCAUUGAUACUUUGUGCUCCUCUCGCCCUUUCCGUUUGGUUAGUGGUCAAAGAAUUCUUAUUCUCACAAGAUGUCAAUUAUUAUAUAGUUGGCGUGUGUAUCGUCUACGGGUUAUUAUGGUUUGUUCAAGUCAUCUGUGAACUUUGCUUGGGUUGUUAUAUUUGUUGCCAGCCCGAGUCUUUGGAUGAACUUGAUAAAGAAAAGGGUGAAAUGAAGAAACUUGGAAAUGAAGAGGGAACAGAUGAAGAAAAGGAAAAGCUGGUCAUUUUAGGCAAUGAACCAAUCCCUCCUAAACGAACCACAACUCUGGAAGGAGUUAAAGAAGAAGAAAAUGAACCCAAUCCCGAGGAAGAAGAUGAUGUUCCUGAAGAAGAAGAAAAUGAACAUGAUUAUAGAGACAAUAUUAGUCCAGGAGAUCGUCCAAGAUCAGUAAUUCAUGACCAAGAUGUGAGACCAAUCGAUGAUGAUCCAGAAAUAUCACCAUCUCCUCCAGGAGGUAAACCAGGACAUCCAACUGAAUUACAACUUGAAACAAUACCAGAGGAGAAGCAACGGUUACUGGCACAUGUUAAAUGUCCAUUGGCUACUCCCGAGGACACAAGAGUGUGAUUAUCGUGUUUUGCUGCUUCAAAAGCUACAAAUUGCUUUAAAAAAAGAACUCCAACAAGAAUUUUCAAAGAUUUAAAAACUUUUAUAAUCAACUAAUUAAAUACUCUCAGUUGAAUCUUCCACAAUUUGGACAUCUCAAAGUACUCUUCAGAGUUUAAACCACUACAAACAUCACAAAAAUUUCAGCUCAAUUUUUGAUCAACAUUAUUCCUCUGUUGAUCCUUUACGGACUAAUUUGUGCUUUGUGUUUUUUUUUCUCUUGGAUUAUUCACACCUGAUAAAUGGAAAAUUUUUCAAGUAUUCCAAUCUUUUCUGGUUCAAAGGUGAUUGAAUUUGGCGAAAUGAAUUCUGUAUGAUCUUUACAAUCAAUCUGCAAUGGACAAGAGAUGUUGUCCAAAACUUUUUACUAACAUCAGUUUUCCAUAAAGACAGUUUCAGUUAAUUUGCAUUUUCUUAUGACCAUCAAGUGAAAUAAACAUCUUUUCAACCUAUUAACGUAGAAACUAGUAUUUGGCAAAUCGCAAUGGUCCAUUUGUCUCUUCAUUUCGCCAAAAAAGUAACUCUCUUCAUCACAUCCAACUCUAUCCUCUUUUUCAAGCACAAAUAAGCUGUUGAUAAUAUUGCUCAGUUUUCAUCGGAAAACAGUAGAUAAUUGUUUAAAAAAUUUAAUAGAUCUGCAUACUACUGCUUGUUAUACGCCGAGCUGUCCAUCAAUGUAGCAGUCACUAGUAACAUGAACAUAAAUGGAGAUGGACGAAACUGAGCAUUUCUCGAGGAAUCCGGAGAUCUAUCAAUAUUAUGUUUGGCUGUUAAUCGGUUACUCUAUUAAAAUGGUUCUGCAUCAUCUAUGUUUAGUUUUAAUAACUUACGUUUUAGUUGUUUAUUUAAACUAACCUUCAGUCUGUUCACUUUCAUCAUUAUUGCCGUCCUUUGUGAGCUCAUUCUUCAUUUUUGGCCGUUUUCGAUCAAAUUUGAAACAAAUACGAAUGAGGAAGAUACUUUUUGAUGGAGUAUUCAGAGUGAGAGACAACUGAAGACUGCAAAGAAGGACGAGUUCAUUAGAUGACGUUUUACAGCACUUUGUUAACAAAAAAUGUAUAAGUACAACAUCGGCCAUCUGCAUACAUCUCACUUAUGGAAGCCAGCAAUCUCACAAUUUUUGAUGGUUGAUAAUCAAAUAUUAAACCAAAGAACUUUUUUUUAACUAAUCAACAUCAUCAUUUUCAUCUUCAUCAAUUUUCCCGUUAAUUGCCAACUUUUAAUUAUGAAAAGAUCUGAGGGCAAAUUAUCGACCUGGUUGUUUACAAUUGCACAAUUAACUAAAGUUGAGCCAGCGCAUUUUAAAUUCUCAUUCUCUUUUCAACAAGCAUCACUCAUCAUGAAUCAUUUAACUAAUUUGGUAAACACUGUAUCUUAAUUACACUUCACCAUAUUUUAUCUGGUAAAAACUUUCCUUCUGUGCGUCUCAAUAGAUAGAUGACUGAAAUUUCUUACUUCCCUCAUUAUCAUUACCAACAAAACUCAUCAAAAAUCACCAUCAUCAUAAUCAAAGAAUAACAUCGGAAAAAUUGCAAACCAUCAAAGAACAAGCAAAUAAGAUGAUGUAAAAGGAAGGAUAAAGAUUGUGUCACACCGAGCAAAAACAACAAAGAAACUUGGAAAUAUUUUUGAUUUCAAUUACCACAAGUAAAAACAAUUAUCAAUUGGCAGCCAAACUAUUUGAAUUAGUUCUAAAUUGCUGAAACUCAUAUUCUGUAUGAUAAAGGAACGUAGUGGAGAUCAAUCAGAAAUCGACCAUUUUUGAAAUCUGAUUAGAUUAGUGUUUAACCCAGGUGCUUAUCCAGAAUCAAGGAAUCUCUCUUUGUGGGAUUCAUCAAUAAAAAUGUUUCAAAUGCAAAUCCCGUCUGGUUUCACGUCGUCCAUACAGUAAUUAGACAUUUAAUAUUAUUGUUUCAUCGAUAAAAUAUUUAAUGCCUAAUUAAGCUGUUAAUAUGUGGAAUCUUGGUCAUCAAUUCAACACGUAUGGAAUUUACUAUGUACAAAGAAACAGCUUCAAUAUAAGGAUUAGAAAGUGGAUUGUUCCAUGAUAUCAGUCAUUCUUGUUUCAUCUACUAGUUACAAUUUUUCAUCUAUUUCCCUCCUUUCCUGGUCACCGCAAGUUAUUACGUCUCUAUCCUGGUAAUAUUAAUUAUGAUACCUCAGAGGUUGAAAUACAUCUCAGGCUAAUCUUUACUAGCAAUCCAAAGAUGACAAUGAGACUUUCAUCAAUUUUAAUUUCAUCUCCUUCAUGUACACCAGAAAUUUACAAGAAGAAAAAAAAAUGUUCAUCAUCAAUCUGUUUACUAAACUUCCUCUUCGCUCUAUUUCAUCAAUGCCGAUUUUUGCUCAAUUGUUGAAUCAUAUUAUUGGCCUAAAUUGAUUGUAAUUUAUAAACUUGUUAAACUUGUAAAACAUCAUGAGAAUGAUCAUGACAACGACAAUACUUUCUCUUGAAACUUCCUUCUUUUUCAUUUGGAUUCAUUUCUAAUGAUCAUUCCUUGCCUACUGUGUUCAUCGAUGGUUCUUUACACCAUCACUUUUAAAAGAAGGAGACGACUGAGAAGAAGAAGAAGGAGAUUGGAAGAAAGAUAAAGAUAUCUUCAUCUUUUAUUAUUAUAACAUCAACAUUUGAUCAUUUAUAAAUGAUGGGCAAUGAUGUUAAAUUGGCGCCAAGCUGAGGAUGAUCAGUUUAAUUCAACUCAACUGCAACUUUUGUUGAUAAUAUCUCUCGUAAAUGGAUUAUCAAAUAAAGGAGAGAGAAAAAAAAGGAAUAUUUCAAACAAAUAAACUUUGAAAAAGCACAACUCAAUGAGAUAAAUCAAAUACUAAUCGGAAAGCAAUUUUACAAAAUUAAACGCUGAAACAAAACGCAAUCUUGUAACAAUUUUAACUUCUUUUUUUUUAAAUUUAUUUUUAACAGCUGUGUAUUUGCUCGCUCUCUGAUAUAUCUUUCAUCUCACUUAUAAAUUUUUGAUUCUUAAUGGCUUUUCA